UUUAGAAACUUAUUGUAAUGAAUUAGAUAUUAAUCAACCAACGGAUAUAAUUCUUGAUGAUAAUCAAAUUAUACAAAUAGUUUUAGACAAAUCUAAAGAACAUAAUCAUAGUAAUAGUGAUCAAUCAGAAGAAUUUCCAUUAAUUUCAAUUAAGGAGGGAAAAAAUGCGUUGCAAAUGUGGAUUAAAUAUUUUGAACAACAAAAUAGUUCUGAAUUUGAUAUUAAUGAUAUAAAAGUUUUUCGUAAAUAUAGUCAU